AUGACCAAGCUGUCCUCAGAUUCAUUCCUUCCGUCGGGUGCCAUUGAUAUUCCCACCAACGGUCCUAUAGGAGGGUUCGCCUCGCAUUCAGGUCUCGACACUUUCCGUCCGAAGCCAUCAAUGGCCCUGUCUGGGGGGGCGACCAGCCUCUGUAGCCAGGUCCCCGUGCGACAGGCGGCACCGGAUUCUAGAACGGCGCAUGACACAAGCAUCCAGAGCCCGUCGACGAACAAUUCCGACACUGGCGACUCUGCGCACCAUGAUUUCCCCUUGCGGCAGUCGCUGCUGCAUGCGCCGUCGACCGUUUAUCUGCCCGACUCGCUUUCACUUCCCACCUGUGCGUGUGCCGUUGGUUUCAAGGCAAGCUCUGGCCGCUACUUUCAUCCCAACGCACCUUCGCCGUCUCCGCCUGCAAGCUGGGAUAUUGGCGGAGCGUCCUUGGCCAGGUCCGUGUCUGCCGAUGCUGUAGUUUCCCGCGGAAUAGGUGGCCGCUCAUCUCUGGCCGAGAGUUCGAUAUUCCAGCGGACCAAUCUGGACGCUCUUAGGCGACGAGCUGAGGAACUGUGCCGUGACCAACAAGCAGUCAUCGACGACAUGAGCCAGGAAUGGCUCAGGGAGAAGACUGACAUGUCACGUUUGGUCCGUGGUCUGCAUCAACGAAUACAACGCCUUGAAGGAGAGAACGCCGUCUUGAGGGCCAUUGCCUCUCACAGCGCUCCUGUUCCUGGUCUGUCAUCCUUUCACAGCUGUUUCCAAAGUCACGGUGGAGGUGGAGGGCGAAGCUGGAACAAGUCAUCCCCCCCUCAAAGAACUUUGGGACGAGGUGCCAGCGGCAACUCGGCUGCCAUGUCCCUACCGCCCGGGCUCGAUGGCGCAUCAAGACGACCGCACUUUGCAAAGCGAACCGGCAGCCCAUCCACCUCUCCUCUCGCAGCUCCCACGGCAGAUCAUCCCGUGUUGUCGAUGUUGUUGAGCCCCCGUACAGAACCGCAGCAAUCGGCUUGUGCAGAUUUUCUCCUUCCGUCGCCGCCAGACACGAAUGGCGACGUUCCAGUCAUUGACAUUCAAGAAAUCGAUCCCAAACUUGAAGGUGUUCCUCUCAAAAUAAACGCAGUCCGCAAGCCAACCUUUGAGCCACGGGCCACAACAGACAGAAACCCAAAACUUGCAACCUCUCCUCGGAGCAAACCACCCGGGACAAACUACGGUGCUGAUCAAGCGAGGCGGAAGUCGGACGUGCUCUCCAGGGAUAGGGUCCGGGGCGAUCGACGCCGGUCAGGUCUUACUCCUCUCGCCAUUUCGAAAAGCCAGGAGCAGACAAAACACAUUCUCGCUACCGACGAAUCUCGGCGUUUGACGAUGCAUGCUGGGCACACGCCAAACCACUCCCUCUCUCUAUUCCCGACCAUGACCGCUACCGGAAGCGGUUCUGCCGCGGCCCGAAGCCAGGAAGACACUCCGGUAGCCGCUUGGCCAUCAAAUAAUCCUGCGGAAGAGCGGGCCUACACCCCUGAUGGUCAUGAUGCCAACGGCGAAACACGGCUCUCGGAAAGCCUGAAGAACCUCCCAGACGGGCACAACCCCGAUGGCGGGCAUGAUCGAGGAACCGAAGCCUACCUAGAGCCAGCAGAUGAUGUUGCCCUCAAGGGACCUCUCAUGAUCAAGAACAUCCCCGCCCAGGACGAGAUAUUCUGGGCACAGGUCAAUCAGAGGUUGGACCCCAUCAGUCGGGGCAAAGGAGCGCUGCCCAAGGUUCUCCAAUCGCCAGAAGCUGCCGUCUCCCAGAGCAUGCUGGAUGCAAACAGCCCUCGAGCGGCAAAUGGGCCCGAUCCAGAGGAUGCCAGUCCUGACUCGGAUGGUGGCAAGCCUGCCGUUGAACCUGACGUACCGCUCAAGUUCAAGUCGACGUGUAAUUUCGGGGCGCCAUUUGGCAGCACCUAG